AUGGAUCCCCGUGGUAUGCCAAAGAAGGAAGGUGCAGGUCAACACAAUUGGGGUAAAGCUAUUGACGAAGCUGCAGAAUUGGAUGAACAUUACGAAUUUGACAAUGAAAUGCCUCAGUAUGACAAAAAUGCGGUUUUCAAUUCAAAGGCUGCAGAUACGGCCAGAGAAUUCCCAAAAAUAAAGCUUAAUAGAGGCUCUAUCAAAACAAAAAAAAACUAUGAGCGUCUUGUAUUUGGAUUAUAA